AUGCCAGUUGAGACUAAACUGUAUGACGCCUUGAGCGUCAAGCCUGAAGCGACCCAAGAUGAAAUCAAGAAGGCCUACCGCAAAGCGGCCUUGAAGCACCACCCCGACAAGAACAAGGACAACCCGGCUGCUGCUGAGAGGUUCAAAGAUGUUUCCCAAGCCUACGAGGUUCUCUCUGACCCCGAAAAACGCAAGGUCUACGAUCAAUUCGGCCUCGACUACCUCAUGCGCGGUGGCCCCGCGCCCUCUCCCGGCGGGGCUGCUGGUGCGGGAGCUGGCCCCGGUGGGAUGCCCGGAGGAUUCAACUUUGGCAGCACGCCAGGCGGCGGCAAUUCGCGCACAUUCCACUUCUCCACUGGUCCCGGUGGAAGCAGCGGCUUCCGAUUUAGUAAUGCAGACGACAUCUUCCGCGAGUUCGCCAAGGCCGGCGGCGGUAGAGGAGGCGGCGGCGGCGGCGGCGGCAUGAACAAUGGCUUUGAGGAUGACGACAUAUUCUCUAUGCUCGGAGGCAUGGGUGGGAUGGGUGGCGGUGGCUUCCGCAGCCGUCCAUCUGGCGGAGGAUUCUCAUCCAAGGCCAACCGUGCGCCUACUCCUGAACCGACGGUUGUUGAAAAAGACCUGCCUAUCACACUAGAAGAGACCUUUAGUGGUGUUACCAAAAAGGUGAAGACGAAGAGCAAAGCUUUUGACCCGAGCGGCAAGCGCACCGUUCAGGAAGUUACUCUGGAGGCAACCAUCAAGCCUGGUUUGCGCCCCGGCUCGAAGAUCAAGUACAAGAACGUGGGCGACCAGGAAGAAGGCGGCCGCCAGGACGUGCACCUGAUCGUGAAAGAGGUACCGCACCCAACUUUCACUCGCAAGGGCGACGACCUUGUCACAAGUGUCGAACUUAGCCUCAAGGAAGCUCUGACGGGCUGGGAGCGUAUUGUGAAAACGAUCGACGGCAAAUCCAUCCGCGUAUCCAAGCCCGGACCAACACAACCAGGUCACGAGGAGCGGUAUCCUGGCUUGGGAAUGGUGAUCUCUAGGAAACCUGGUGAGCGCGGUGAUCUCGUUGUACAGAUCAAGGUCAAGUUCCCGACCAGUCUGGACUCAAACACCAAAGAAGUCCUCCGAGAUCUGCUUCCUUGA